UCUACUUUCCCGCCACAUGUCUUUCUUUAGUCGCCAUGGAAACAAAGAUAAAGCACAAAGAAAUGCUGACCUAAGCACUGAGUCCCAUUGUUGAUCGACCAGAGAACACUAGCACUAGCACUAGAAGGAGCCUCACUGCAAAAUGUCAGCCACUAGACCUGUGGCUCAGGGUGGAGCAAUGUUCUCGUCUGCUAGGGCACCAGUCAGCAAGGAAACACAACAAUUGCUCAAAGUGAUGAUGAGCGAGUCGAAGCUGACCAGUUUCCAGCAGCGUCAGUUGAAAGAAACGAUGAGAAGUGGAGGCAGUCUCCCACUCAAUUGUAAUCCGACCACCAGUAGUCCGGGACGGGGGACUCAGAAAAAGGGCAGCUCAAAGACCUCACGUCAGCCAUCAGUUCAGGGGAUUAGAACCAAACAGACGAUUGAGAAGCGUGUAGAUCCUGAGCCAGAGUAUAGACCCACUCCCUCCCGAUACAACUCCACUGUUGAGAAGCAAAAGUUACAGAAUGUGAUGGCUUUUGGAGUUGACACAGAGCCAAAGCCAGUACACAGAGUAUCAUCAACGAUGGUGCCUGAACAAGAAGUCGACAGAUUUGAUGAAAUCUUGCAAGAAAUUGGAGAGAGAAAGGAAUUUCUCAACGAAAUGGAAUCCCUCGGACAAGGCCACAAAUUCAGGAGCAGAAUUAUGACAGAAAUUUCACAGAAAAUCCAUGAACUGGAAAUUUUAGACAGACAAAGAUGCAAGGAACUAAGUUCAGAGCUCAACAGUUAAAAUGUUUAUAAUUUUUCAACAAGAAAUAGCAUUAUUUUGUCAGGACACCAUCAUACAUUAACUUAUUG